AUGGCGGUGGCGGCGGCGGCGCGGGCGAGACAGCUGUUAGGGGAGUGAGUGGGCGGCAGCGCGAGCGCGCGCCCGACUGAGCGCGCGCCUGAGAGGAGAGCCGAAGGUGCUGAGGUUCUUGAAAACUGUUUUUGGAACUGAUAAAGGCAUCAAGUUAAAAAUGAUAGUGUUAAAUAACUUGAAGGCAUUUCCAUUCAAGCUGUUAUGGAAAAUGACUCAGAAUCAGCAAUCUGUACCAGUGAGACCAUGCAGCUUGUAUACCUGUACAUACAAAACCAGGAAUCGGGCCAUACAUCCACUCUGGCAAAGCUUGGACAUAGUACCUGAAGGUGAUCGACAAUCACCGAUCAAUAUCCGAUGGAGAGAUAGUGUUUAUGAUCCUUGCCUGAAGCCCUUAAAAAUUUGUUAUGAUCCAAAUACAUGUCUUCAUAUCUGGAAUAAUGGGUAUUCUUUCCUAGUAGAAUUUGAGGAUUCUACAGAUAAAUCCGUGAUUAGGGGAGGACCUUUGGAAAAUAAUUAUCGGUUAAAGCAGUUCCAUUUUCACUGGGGAGCAAUAAAUGACUGGGGUUCAGAACAUACUAUUGACAGUAAAUGUUAUCCAGCUGAGUUACAUUUAGUACACUGGAAUGCAGUCAAAUAUAAAAGUUUUGAAGAUGCUGCAAUGGAGGAAAAUGGAUUGGCUGUGAUAGGAGUAUUUUUGAAGCUUGGUGUGCAGCAUAAAGAACUACAGAAAUUAGUGGAUGCUUUGCCAGCAAUCAAACAUAAGGAUUCACUUGUUGAAUUUGGAACAUUUGAUCCUGCCUGUCUUAUGCCAACCUGCCCAGAUUUUUGGACCUAUUCAGGAUCUUUGACCACUCCACCACUUUCAGAAUCUGUCACCUGGAUCAUUAAGAAACAGCCAAUUGAGGUUGAUCAUAAUCAACUUGAGGCAUUUCGGAUGCUGCUUUUUACUUCAGCUGGGGAGAAAGAAAAGAGGAUGGUUGACAACUUUCGUCCACUUCAGCCACUGAUGAAUCGAACAGUCCGUUCCUCCUUUCAUCAUGAUCAUAUACUGAAUCUGCAGAAGGGAGGCAGACAACAAACAUACCGGGUUCCUCCAUAAAGACAUAGCAAGAUAAUAUCUUAUUUCAGUAUGUAAUCUACUUCCACACUUUUUUCAUAAUUUUGAAGAGAUUUGGGCUUUUCUUUUUAGGACAUAUCUUAAUGUGUAUUGCUUAUAUUUUAGAAGAUUAUUAACAAUAAACUUAGGGAGGAUUAAACAUAAACAUUAAGGUCACAGAAUGUGAAAAUGCCUUCUACAGGUAUUUUGCUUAUAAUUUGGUUAAACUUUCUCAGAGAUUUUUACUACUUUAUUUGGAUACAUUUAUUCUCAGAUUAAAAAGAAAAGUAGCUUUUCAACUAAGCAUGUAAAGGUCAUUUAAUCAAUUUUAAAAGCAUUGUAAAAGUAAUGUUUGUGACUAUGAAAGAUCAAGCCUCAUUUAAAAAAAUGAAAAAAUAUGUAAGUUAUAGACAAGUUGAUUUUUACAUACAGAUUAUGAAAAGGGAAAAACAGAAUUUUGUAGGUCAUAUUAUUGUUAUUAACUCAUAAUACGAUAUAUUAGCUACUUUCCACAGAGCAAAAGAAGUAGGGUAGAAAAUUGGUGUAAUGUCAUACAGUCUACAUUUUGUAUCAGUGAAGGUCUGGGCAAAUCACAAUCUUUUUCAGUUACAUAAUGAAUUUUAAGAUCUUUUGACGAAAGGUGGAAAGCAUUUUAAACUUGGUCAUAAUUAAACAAUUUGGUAUGCAAUACUUCACAUUCCAGAGACACUCAAAAUAAUAAAUACUAACUGAAUUGCUGUUUUAGAAGUAUUUAAUGGUGGUGUUUUGAUUUUUUUCCACUUAUUUGUUGAUGGAUCUCCAAAAUCUUUUUUUUUAGUUUAGCGUGCCUUUUGCCUUUCUCUUUUUCUCAUUUAAAUUCUGCUUUUUCUUGGUGGAAAAUCAAAAUGGUUUUACUCUUUUGCAUUAGGUAUCUGCUGCUAACAUCCUACCUUAAGAUAAGUAUUAUUCUGAACUGUUUUAUAUAGAACAAUAAGCCAUCAUUUUAUUGUAUCCCAGAUGCUUUAAUUAUGACUUGAGCUCCACAACAUUUCUUGCUCACCUUACUAGUUACAUAAAUAAUAUAAUUGUAUAGGAUGAUAGUGGCUUAUAGGAACAUAUUAAGUGAUAUAUACUUUUCAGUUGUCAGUAAUAAUAGUAAGUGAAAAUGUGGUGAGAAAAACAAUUAUGAAUUCUUAGAACAUUUCCAGGUGUCAUUGAAGAAUAAUUUUUACUGAAUAUUAAAAAUAAAUAAAUACUUUUGAUUGCCAAUGAUAAUAGAAUAGAGGAAGAGUAUGCUAUAUUUUACUCUGCUUAAAGUGACUACAUUUCAGCAAGUGCGGUUGUAAUAGCUUCAUUAUUGUGGGUGGUCACAGUAACCUAAACAUUCAGAUUUUAGAUUUAGGCAAUACAACUGAAGAAUUAUUUUUCUACUUCCAGUUUAAGUAUAGUUUUCUUGUAGGUCAUUGUUGGAAAAAAAAUUUAUGAUGCAUGUUAUUUAUAACCAUUUUCAUGCAUACAAGAGGACUUCAGUAGUGUGUGUGUGUGUGUGUGUGUGUGUGUGUGUGUGUGUGUAUAUAUAUAUGUGAUCCCUAAAUACCUUCAUUUCCUAAAGAGGCUACUUAUUUCCUAUGACGUACUCCUACUCAAUUACCCAUAGAGGGUCAUGCCUUUGAUCUUGCCAUCAUCAACAAUUUUUUUCCAUUUUCAUGAAUUCUAAAAUUGCUUCAUCUUUUUCCAUUAUUUCUCAUGGCCAGUAACUCCAUUCUUCAUCCUCACCAUGACUUCCAUGCUUUCUACCCUUUAGUUCUUUACUAGGUCAUUUUCCCUGCCCUGGCUGUGCCAUUCUUCCUUCCCUAUGUCAGCUCUUUGGUGAACCAUUUCAUCUCUGCACUAUCCAAAUCCCUCGCUCCUUUGUUCCACUGAUGAUUUUGCCUUGUCAAACCCUGACCCUGGAAUACUUCUACUAUUUGCCUUCUUUGGCCUAUUCACAUGGUGCUGAACAGAACUGGAGAAAAUCACGGAACCUUGUUGAUUAUAUCUACUAAAAAUUUAUAUUAUAAAAUCUCAUUUAUGACCUCACUGUAGUAAGGCAGUCCCUCUACUACUCUGAAAUUGAUUCGCUAUCCUACUCUUCCUAACAGCUCUUCCAAACCUUCUCUCUAAUCCAGCUUCCUUCUAAGCUGAGGAUGUUGACUCUUUUUUCACUGGAAAAAACCGAAGCCAUUCACCAAGAAUUGUCUCCCUCCCUCCUCUUCACCUCAUAUCAAGCAUACAUUUCCCCUCACUAAUUCCUCUUUUAUUCUGGUCUCAGAUGAAGGUGGUGGCCCCUCUUCUAGACAACUGUCCUCUUCAGGCAAUCUUGAUCACAUUCCUCUACCAUCUUCUUUCCUUUUUGACCGAAAUCCUUGAGAAAGCCAUUUAUAAUAGGUGGCUCCAUUUCCUUUCCUCAAAUUCUCUCCUCAACCUUCUGUCCUCUGACUUAUCCUUCACCUUCCUUUUGAUCAUGUCAAACUGUACUCUGCUAGGCAUUUAUACUUCUGAGAGAGGAGUCAUUAUCUUUCCUCCCAGACCCUUCUCUCUUCUGAACGUCCCUAUUACUGUAGAGGGUAUCACCUUUCGCAGUCAUCCAGUUUUAAAACCUCAGUGUAAUCCUUGACUCUUCGCUCCCAUUUACUCCACAUGUGGAGUACGUUGUCAGAUUUUGUUUCUACUUUCCCAAUACGUUCUAUACGUUUCCUUUUCUCUGCUCGCACAGCUAUCACCUUGGUUUCUCAUCCCUGCUCAAGUGGACCACCCCAAUAGCUUCCUAAUUGUUCUCCUGCCUCAACUCUCUUCCUAUUCCAAUCCAUGAUACCAGAAUGAUUUUUCUAAAAUACUACCUACCUUCCCGCCCAAUAAACUCCAGUGGUUCCUUAUAGUCUCUGGGAUCUCCCUGUAGUCCUUUGUUUGGCAUUUAAUGCUUUUCAAAACUUGGCCCCUUCCUACAUUUCCAGACUUGCACUUUGCUGCCCUCCAUGGACUCCAUAAUCUACCUACAUUAUCCAUUUGCUGUUCUUUGCACAAGACACUCCACCUGUCAUCUUUGUAUCUUUGCACUGGGUAAACCUCAUGCUUGGAUUGCUCCUCCUCCUCCUCACUUCCCAUUUCUUUGUUUCCCUGGCUCCUUCAAGACUACAUUCAAACCCCACCUUGGUUGGGAUUCAGAUCUCCUCCUCCUCCAUCCCCACCAGCUGCUAGAGCCUUUGAGAUUACCUUCCACUGACUAUCUGUAUUUUUUAUGUACUUAGUUAUUUAUAUGUUAUCUUUUCCUUUAGAAUGUAUGCUCCUUGAGGGCAGGAACUCUUUUUGCCUUUCUUUGUAUCACCAGCACUUAGCACAGUGUCUGGCACAUAGUAAAUGCUUAAUAAAUUGUUACUGACAGCUUGAAUUACAUAACCAACCUUUAUUAUGUUAAUUCCUUAAAGUUUAGUGUUUCUGUGGAGGUUUAAAUACAUGUUAAAUGCAAAAUUGGAAUAUAUAUGUAUGCUUUCUUACAGGAAAUAUUUUUAUCUUGAUUUUUUUAGUCUGUAUUAAUGGUUGUUAUAUGUGCUUACUAUAGGGAACUUACAUCAGAGAAAAUACAAUUGCAAAAUACAGAGAAUUAAAAUAAUUUUUAAAGAGGCCAUGUGCAUAAAUUUAAAAGAAAAAAAUGCAAAUACUUAUGUUAUUCAGGUAAAUGACCAAGACUUGGAGUUCUUUUAUGGUCCAGAAAUGUUUUUCAAAAAAUUUUUAAUCAAGGUUUUAUGUAUUUUCAUUUGUACCCUUUAUAGAGAAAUACACUUUAGAUAAUAUUUUCUUUAUAUUGCAGCAAUUUGUUUAUAACAAAGGUAGCAGAAAUGUUAAUGAGUUAAAAUAAUGUAGUGUUUUUCUGGCCUCCUUUAACAAUUACUUUUUGCAUUUUAUACUUUUAUAAUUUGUCGAAUUACUAUUUAUGACAGGCAAGUGACUAAUUAAAAUCUCAUAAAUGUAUACAGUAGUCUACAACUUGUUUUGUUGUAUGUAUGGUUAGAACAUAGGUCCUUCUUAACAAAUUUUUAAUAAGCUGCCAUUUUGUUGCCUAUUUGUUGCUUGUUAAUAGCUUUUGGGUGGUUUUCCAAACUAUUUGGAAAUCUGCCUUCAAUUUUAAAAUUCAGAGAUGAUUAAAACUUUAAUAUUUAAUUAA